GUGGCCAAUGACUUUCGGUUUAGGUGAGUUUCUAACGAAGGAGACCUUGCAGACUGUCUUUGCGAGGUUUCUGGGUGUAUUUGGAUCAAAAGCUGACAACACUUUCCAGCAUGUUGCGCUAUUGGUGAGUUAUCAAUAGAAGAGGUGCAGUAAUGGCUCCCAAAUUGCUGCCCCUUCAGUCCAUCUAAGUGCACUUCUAACAAAAAUUUCAGAGAUGAUGCAUAUGGCUACAGCGCGUUACGAUCAAGAUAGAUUGGGUGUUGUUUUCCGUGCGUCACCAAGACAGUCAGAUUUGAUGAUUGUUGCUGGUACACUCACGAACAAGAUGGCACCAGCUUUACGUAAAGUCUACGACCAAAUGCCGGAACCACGUUGGGUUAUUAGUAUGGGAAGUUGCGCCAACGGAGGUGGAUACUACCACUACUCAUACUCCGUCGUCCGUGGUUGCGACAGAAUUGUACCAGUCGACGUGUACUCACCUGGAUGUCCACCAACUGCUGAGGCGCUCUUGUACGCGAUGUUACAAUUACAGAGGAAGAUCAGAAGAAACCGUACAGCGACACUUUGGUACAGAAAGUAAAUAAUAAUAGCAUUUUGUAAUUUCUUUUUUAUUUCAUUAUCUUUAAACUUACACUCGAGCGACCAUCAUAAUGGAGAACGGGAACGGCUCCCAAUUGUCGCCGCCGCAGAUGCCAGAGAGCCUCCUCCCUGCGAAUACCUCGCUGAGGUCCAUCAAAUACGACAGACUCAGCAAAUCACCAAAGGCGAACGUCAAUAACGAUCCCCCUCCUUUAUACCCCGACAAUCCAGCUCCUCUUGACCUCAAGCGUGACGCACAGCCCGUUCUGCCAGCAGAGCCGCAAGCUGCAGCCCCGGAACAGCCAAAGAAAGCUACGAAACCGCCUCAAGAAAUUUGCUUAGAGUGUAUGAUGAGGGAUAGGGAUAUGGCAGACGUUGACGUUUCUCCAGCUGUCUGGAAGCGUAACUCGGACAAAGACGUCGAAAAAGCCCUAGCGUUGUGGUCCUUACAGGAGCAAAACGGGAUAGACACCACAGAAAGAGCAGGCUUAAAGCCUCAGGAUGAAGUCACAGAGGAAAAUCUCACAAAGUGGACGACUAUAAACCCUCCAGUGUCAAAUUAUAGAGUGACGAAUUUGAAAAUAUACGUUCAAGAGCAAGUUAAUAGAAACAACGUUGACAAUUCGAUAGAUAAGACGCUCGAUAAAAUAUUGAAGUAUCCGUCAACCUCUUCGCUCUCCUCACAAAAGACGUCUCCACCUAUAGAGGAGCGCACACAACAGCGACGCCGGAGAUUGAGCGAGUCUGGCGCUGCUACCAAUACCAAUAGAACAUCUAAACAAAAUCUUGCAAUUAGUUUGGCAAAUGCACCACCAUUACCAACAGAUGCAGCCAAUCAAAUAACAAACUAUGGACAGAAGAAGGUCAUCAGAUCAACAGCAGCUAGACCAUUAACCACCGUUACUGAUGUACCUAAAUCAUCACAGCAGCUAGAAGUACCACACUCGCCGCAAUCGACAAUAGCUUCACCUGCAUCGGUGCACAAAAGGCCAUUUAGUUUGUUUUUCAAGCAUUCCAACAGAAGCGCAGCUACUAGCGUGGCUUCAGGAUUACCCUCAGGAUCAAUGGUCGACAUGCAUAUUGGACUAGAUAAGGAUGGCCACAAUGGCAACAACCAGCGCGCGAACUCAGUCAAUGGAAUGGAAAUGUGGCACAAUUCCUCUUCGAAAAGUCUAAACGAGGAUAACAAAUCUGAGAAGAAGAAGAAGAAGGGAAUUAGAGGACUUUGGAAUAGAAUACGGGGUAAGUCAACAAGUAAUGCACACUUGAGCAACAGAUCAGUUGUUGGAUCACCAAGUUUCGACGACAGACAACGAGAGGGUAGUUUGUUGGAAUUAAAACAGCAAGCGGAGAAGGAGGAUGUCCGUAGUCCACUUCCACCACCACCUUCAAUGAGAUUCCUAAGUGGUGAGACUGAUGAAGCACCGGUUGCUUCCCCAAGAACGAGAGUUUUAUUACCACAUCAACAAAAUAAUAUACCAAAUGAUACACCAAGCGAUAGACCGUCUUUCGAAUUAGAGAAUUCCCGGUCAACUUCAAGUAACUUGCAAAAACUAGCGAAUAAACGUACAACUUCAUUUUUAAGCUUUGGAAGCAGUGGUAGUAGUGUAAAGAAUAUACCAAUAUCACCAUAACGCGCAAAUACGGACUUUUAUUUCACUUAUCUUUUUUUUUAUUUUACCAACUAUAUACGCUCAUUUAUGAAUCUUUUGUUUAGAGAUAAAGAAUUUUACAUAUAUAUACCCG